UCAACUUCACACUGCUGCGAUUGUCUUUUAUUCGACAGAAUUGUGUUUCACUGCACAUGUUCAUCGAUUUCUGAGGAAUUUAGGGAAAGUAUAUUAAAUUCCUCAAUAAAAUGGGUGCUAUAUCAAGCAGAUAUCGCGUCUACAAUUCCGGACUAACACCCACGGACAUAAACAAUUUAGAGAAUGCAGAUAAACGUGAAAAUCCAGGGACAUUGGAUGAGUUGCACAAAAAAACCAAAGAUGUUAUGCCAGUAAACUUUGAAGGUGGUAAAUUAAUGGUCAACAAGGGAAUAUCUAAUCACUUCCAGAUGUCACACACAUUAACAAUGAGCACAGCUCAGAACGGCUACAAGCUGGGCGCCACAUACAUCGGCACGAAACAGCUGUCACCAACAGAGGCGUUCCCAGUGCUACUCGGAGACGUGGAUCCCUCGGGGAACCUCAACUUUAACCUUAUUCAUCAGCUCACACCGGAGAUCAGGGUUAAAGGAGCUGCUCAGGUUCAAGAAUGCAAGCUGACAGCCACGCAAGGCACACUAGAAUACAAAGGCUCUGACUACACGCUCGCUAUGGCGGUCGGCAAGCCCGACUUCAGUGAAAGCUCCUCGGUCUUCGUAGGACACUACCUACAGUCGGUGACGCGGCGGCUGGCGCUGGGCGCGGAGCUGGUGUACCAGUCGGGCGCGCGCGUGGCGGGCGGCGAGGUCGCCAUCGCCUCCGGCGCCGCGCGCUACACCAUGGACGAUUCGGAGGUGUCAGCGACGCUGGGAGCUGCUGGCUUCCAUUUAUGCUACUUCAAGCAAGCUAGUGAACAACUUCAGGUGGUAGCGGAGAUGGACACGUCUUUCCGAGGUAUGGAGUCUGUCGGCACCAUCGGAUACCAGGUCACCAUCCCCAAGGCGGAGCUCGUCUUCAGAGGAAUGGUAGACUCAAACUGGAACAUCGGAGCGGUCCUCGAGAAGAAGCUCCAGCCCCUGCCUUUCACGUUUGCCCUGUCGGGGAUGGCCAACCAGGCCAAGCAACAGUUCAAGUUCGGCUGCGGACUCAUCAUCGGUUAGACACCCAAAGAUGCCCACACACUGUCGAUAGUUCUUACACAUGUGUAGUGUGUACUAGUUACUGUAACAUCAGAGCGAUCUUGGCACGCUCCGGGAUGGCCUGUCAGGCCAAGCAACAGUUCACGUUCGGCUGCGGACUCAUCAUCGGUGAGACACCCAAAGAUGCCCACACACUGUUGAUAGUUCUUACACAUGUGUACUAUUUACUGUAACAUCAGAGCGAUCUUAUAAUUAUAGCUAUCAUUACUUUAUACACAAGAGAAAAAAAACAGUGACGUGGGUGGUAUACUAGUACUAUGAUCAGCAACUAUUUUGUCCAGACAGUGAACUGAACAUACACAGUGCGUCUCACAACCAAAUGUUUCACUAAACUAUAUACUAGAGAUGGGCCGAAUAUUCGGUAAUUAUUCGCUAUUCGGCAUAUUUUUCAAUGUUCGUAUUCGGCCGAAUAGUUCGGUUCGAACUGCGGAAUAUUUACCGAAUUAUUUUUUAAGGGCGUCCACUAGCUGGCGCGGGUGCACAGUGCACUUCACGGUCAGGCAUGAGACGGUCAAAAACACUUGCGGAGUGCAGAAGAGCAGAGACCUGAAUGACCUUGUUUUCAGCGUUUUAGACAGUUUUAUUUAGCCCAACCGCGAAUAUUCGGUUCGGUAUGAUCUGAACCGAAUAUUCGUAUUCGGCAAAGACCAUAUUCAGCCCAUCUCUGUAUAUAUGUCGGCGGCCGAUCGUAAGAGCAGGCAGAUCGUAAUGUUCCUGUGUAAUGUUUUGACGAUAGUCACAUUAAACCAAUAUAUAGGUAGGAUAGGUUCGUUACGUUGCUUCAGAUGCCCGAAGGGCAAACUGCCCAGAAAUAGGAGCGUCGAUUCAGGGAACGAGUCAAAGAUUUUCACGAUUCACGAUAUGCCUAGGAAUUUCACGAUAUGCCUGAUCUUACGAUCGGCCGUGGACAUAUACAUUUACUAUCUUAUGUGUAUUGCUAUGCUAUGUUGUUCAUGUUGCUAUCAUCCUGACGAGUUCAGACAGAACAGUAUAUUAUAAAAUGAUUUCGAAUCAUUAAUUUUAAUUGAUUAUUGUUAUGGACAUUGAAUGUAUGCGUGAAUUUACCUUUCCACCAUAUUGUAUGUAUGGUAUGCAUGUAUGUGUUUUGUUACAUUCAUACCUUAAAUCCAGUUGCAUUUAAAAGGGAUAUUUGGUAAUGGGUGGUAGCUCAAAGAAUUAUGAAAGAAAAGUAUCCUUUUUCUAUGUAGCAACACAAUUGGACUAUCUGUAUUUGUGGCUAUCUAUCAGAGAAGGGUCUUUAUGCUAGAGUCUGUGCGGAAAGAGAAGAGUCGUGAAAUGUAUG